UUUGAAUAGUAAUGAAGGGGAAUAGAUUUCCUAUGCAAGAGAUUCUUGCUAAAUAGCGAAUAGCCUACGAUUCUAUACUGCAAUACAAAAGUCAUGUCGUGAAAGCAAGGCAUUGGAAAGUCUUGAUUGUCGUCUCAAGAAAUAUGUCCAGGAAUAGAUAUGAUUAUUCGAGAAAAUCGUAUCGAAACACAGGCCUACUUUCACAUUACCAUGAGUGUGCUUCCAGAGUAUUCGCGAACGGCAGAAGACCCAACGAGUACCUCCACAAUUUAUUUUUAAGCGCUGCAAAGAACGGGGAAUAUGAAAGAGUGGAAAACUUUCUUUCUCGUACUACAACAUCGCCUAUUAAUGUCGACUUCAAAGAUAAGAAAACUGGGAACACAGCUAUGAUCCUAGCUGCUUCUCAAAAUCAUGGAAAGGUUGUAUCAUUGUUGUUGAACUAUGGAGCUGACAUCACCCUCAGUAAUGAUGCCGGCCAAUCCGUUCUUGAUAUGGCACCCCGGUCAUUAAUUCCCCUGCUUAUUGAUUCGGUUGAACGACAAGGUACAUCAUCACGACACCUGUUGCAGGCUGCUUGGCAGGGAAAUGUACAAAUCCUUAAACGUCUAUUGUCUUCCCCUAAAAAGGUUGAUGUAAACUGCACAAAUGCUGAUGGAAUGACACCAUUGUUGCUGGUUACAAGGGAUAUCAACAUGUUUGAGCAAGUUGAACAGAGAUUAGACAGUGCUUAUAAUCCAAUCGAAGUUGUGCAAGAGUUGCUUCUGCACAAAGCGGACUGUAGUAUCAGUGGGAAAGAAGGAAGACAUGCCCUCCAUCAGAUUGCAACUACAAGAGGUCCUAAUGCUGAAAAAAUUGCUUCACUGCUUAUCAAGGAAGGGGGUUGCAAUCCAGAUAUCCUUGAUGGCCACAGGUACUCCCCUAUUCACUUGGCAUCGAAGGAAAACAAUGUGCCCAUCGUUCUGGCACUUGUUGAUGGCGGCGGGGAUGUCAAUGUGAGAGGUUGUGGUGGAAAGACUCCUUUACAUAUUGCAGCAUCUAAUGGUCAUCAGUCAGUAUCUGGAGUGCUUGUGGAAAAUGGAGCAGACGUAACACUAGUUGAUGACCAUGGCUAUUCAGCAAUGGAUGUCACAUCUAGCCAAUCAGUCAGACGCAUUCUCAGAGAAGCAUGGGUUGGCCAGACUUUAAAGAAUAAACCAAGGGCCCACUCAGCAAUGCCUGGCCUUUUCCAAAAACCUGAAGAUCAGCUUCAGCUCACCAAGAAAGGUGAUCAUCAAGAAAAUGUGGAGUCCACUGAGAAGUUUGAUCCAGAAGAUGUCAUUGUCAACAGGUCUUCAAGUCAAAGCAGUAACAGAACAGAAUCUCGAGUCCCACCUCUUGUAACUCCAGAGGCAAAGCUAUUAUCUCCAAGUCCCCCAAAGACUGGAAACAGACGAAGUAAUCGCAACAAGGGUACCAGCCUGAUAGGAACCAUUCCAGAGUCUUAUGGGCAAGUCACCCAGCCGCGAAGGACUGAGCUCCCAUACCUAGCCGUUAAAAACAUCGAGCUACAUAUCGGAAGAAAUCCGCGCUCUCCACUCACUGUUGGCUCCAAGUGUUCUCGCGGUACAUACAUCCAGCGGUAUCGCUUCUACAAAUCACACUCAGCACCAGUCCCUCCUGAAACUCGUCGGAAGCGUUCUCUGCCAGGAACCCCUAACACGCCGCUAGGGCCCCACGGUAGAAGCGUAAGACCGCCAACUCGGGUGGCGCCAUUACUGACCCGGCGGAUCUCCUCCCCUGAUCUCCGAGUGCCAGUCAGCCAAUGCGGAUUGCGUGACAAUAGUGGACUCACGUGUGUCGGGCAGAUCCUUGACCUUGAUGCGCUGAGAGCUGGGAGCUCUUGUUCGCGGUCGUUGGCAAAAAUAUUCUACCCAGAGUCUCAAGACGACUCCCAGCCUCCACCGCCACCACCAUGCGACCUUCAAUCAGAAUAUCUUGUAGACACUCGAUUAUACACGACGGUAGACUCCCGAUCUAAUCCGAUUCCCGAAUCUGAUUUACACACAACAUUGGAAGAUCAGACACUGAUCUCCGAUUCACCAUCAAGGACGAUACAACAUCAAAAUGAAUUGAACAACGUGGAUCCUACUGUUAACAAUAGACACGAUACUAUGUCGAACACUUUUGCUCAUAUAUCUUCACACGACAAUAAGGGGGAUGCGCCUGCGGCAGAUUUACAGGAUUCUGCAUUCAUUACCUUUGAAAUUUCAACACACACUCUACUACAUAAAGAAGAGCAGCACCAUAAAAAACAAAACGAUAUCGAAUCUAAUGAUUUACAAGAGAAGCAAGGCACUGAUAAUUUAGAAACUUCUGCUGUUUCUCUUUCAACACAACUGCCUGAUUCCUCGACUACAACCUCGAAAGAGGUUGAAAGUAGUCACAAGGAUGACGAUGAACGCAGAACGAUAAAUGUUCCCAGUGGUGAUGUAAUUAUUAAGUCUUUGGAGAAAAAUAGUUCAGCUAACUUUGUCUUGGUUGAGACACAGACAUUUUCGGCAGAAAAGAGUCCAACGUUUUGGAUUCCUUAUAAAGGAGAUGAAGCUCCGAGUGUUGACUCUUCUACCAACACGCAAAACGACAGUGAUAGUAAGCGAUCAAGGACUAGUUCCUCGAUGACUUUUUUCGUGCACUUAAAUGACAAUGAAGAUCAAGACCAUGUUCAAGUAAAUAAGACAUUUUCCAAGUGCAGAUUAUGUGGUGAAGCCAUCACAGAAUCAACAUCUUCACAGUGUGAUCGCUGUUCUAAAAAAGUUGCGGACGAGAAAGCAUUUUGGGUAUCAUUGGAAACCCAAACAAAACAAGAAAUAGGUGGUGAUGGCUCCACAGAACUAAAUGAAACAAAUAGAGCUGAAACUGCUAGUCUGUCCAUUGAGACUAUUGGGAUAAUAAGAUCGUCGACAUUUGUCAAAGAAGAGAACUCAGAGGAGAGUACUAAAACACCUGAGGGGUGUGAUAGUGCACCUUCAGGGGCUGUGGACAAAUCAAUAGAACCAGAAUACGAGAAUAAGUCAGCUCCUAAGGACACAGUUGACUUACUUACUCAGCCCGCUAAAGGGAAACAAAAUAGUAGCAAAAGUACUGUGGCACAUAAUACAGAAAUGGUUUUACGAUCGUUCGGUUUAGACAACGAAUAUGCUAUUGAACAGGAAAGUGAGGUGCAACAAGGAGCAGUGUUUGAGAACCAAGAGGCACCUGAAGAGAGUAGCACUUGCAUCUCAGAUCCAAGUAAAUUACGUGAACCACCCAAAUCUGCAUGGUCGACACCUAGGCAAGAAAAAUCUCCUUCAGGUCUUCAAAUUUGCAACCCAUUCCCAUCGCCGGUGCCACCAAUUAACACCAUCCCACCGGUACAGCCUCCUAUUGGAGUCCAAUGUAGCCGGCCUGUAACAUCAGCCAAGAAGAAAGGAAGAGGAAAGAGUCGGACAAGUACAGCUAAAAAGAGGACGAAUAGUGGCAAGGAAUGUUCACGUGGAUCCGGGUCAGGUGGCAAAAAUAUUAAAGAGCAAGCCACGAAAGGAAAGAAAAAAGGGAAAAAGAAGUCAAAAUGCAAGGAAAUUGAGGUGAACCAGUCAGCAGCUGGCGUUGCGUGUUAUGGAGGCGGAUUUAUCGCAAGCGCCGCAUAUGGAUGUGUGGAGUACGCACUUAGUCCCGAUUUAGACUCAAUGCCAACCCUCUCACUUGACCCAAGAGCGUUCUCUGGUCGUCCAGCUAGGGCAGCAAUUGUCAAUCUCAGCCCAAUACCGGAAGUACCCACUCCCUCUCCGUCACCAAAUGAGUCACUCAAAAGCACGUGUAGUAGAAAAGGUUCUCUAGAUGGUUUCAGUCGUACUCCUGCAAGGACCUCUACAGACGGGCUUGAGAAAGAAGCUGCUGAGCUGGAUGAGCUGAUAACCUUCCUCGAUGAUGCUGAAAAGGAAGUGGAUGAAGAAAGCGCAUCCAAAACGUCACCUAGUGCAGUGAGUGUGGAGAAACAAAGCGAUGCCAAUGAAGGAGACUUCGAUGUUGUAGACGGCGGGUUUAUCUCACGAUUUGCCGGCAUGUGUAUCCCUCGACUGAUUCUUUUAAGUCGAAAUUCCGACUCCGAUGACGAGGAUCUGCUUGGAAAAGAUGAGCUUCUUGCCGCAAGCCCCAAUACGUCCCCUAGUGAAAUUCCAGUGAGUAAUAUUUGUACCAAAGGUGAGAGCAAUGACAAUGGGGAAUCGGUGAAGGCGUUUGUAGGAUCAAAUGUUCUUCCUGAUGAGGCCGACGAUGAUAUCGAAGGUAUAGUUCACAAUUUGAUAAGAGACACUGAGAAGACUACCCAGCUCAAUGUGACGAGUCCAUAUAGCGACGCUGCCAGUACUCAUGGCAGUGACACGACCCAGGAACUUACUUCAGGGAAUCAAUUUGACACAUCAACUAAAGACGUUGUGGAGAAGGAUAGCGAUGACCAGCCUGGAGACAGACUUAGCAAAGACUGGGACAUCUUACGGCAAAUGCGAACAAUGGAAUACUUGAACGAAGUGAAUCAAAUGCGACGGGGUUCUCUAGAAGUCCCGAAUGUUAAUAAUAGUGACCGUGACCACACAUUGACGAAUGUCUCUAGUUUAUCACCUGGCCAGGGUGCUACACUCGAGGUGUUCUCGGAUAAUGACUCGUCGUACAACAGCUUGGAGUCUACCCCUCGUACCACAUCCGACUGCUCCUCACAUGGAAGUAGUGACAGCUUUUUCAGCUCACCUCGUGCUGUAUCGUCAAGUUUUAAAACAGACUCUUACGACUUUGAGGAGGAUUCUUCAAUGGGAAUCCCCUUUGCUCAGGACAUGCACAGAAAACGGAUAUCCGCUGAGAACAGUAGCGGAUCUAAUAGUAAUGAUAGCUCAUCCACAUUGCGGGCUCUCUCGAGCGAUAGAAGGAAUUCGUCAGGCUGGAGCUCGGAGUUCUUGACCCCUGGUCGAGCCCUAAGAAGUAGGCAAAGUAGAGCGACUACCAUAAGCCAGACGUCGACUGUCAGUCGUGGUGAGGAGAUCGAAUGGCAAAAGGGAAACGUACUCGGGAAAGGUGCUUUUGGAACGGUGUUUCUGGGACUUGUUAACACCGGUGAACUAAUCGCUGUGAAACAAGUCGAGCUCCACCCCAAUAAUGUUGAUGCCGCUGAGAGGCAGUACGAAAAACUCCAGGAGGAGGUUGGACUUCUCAAAUCCCUCAAGCACAAAAACAUCGUGCAAUAUAUCGGAACGUGCAUGGACGACUCCCAGUGUACCAUUAACAUCUUCAUGGAGUUCGUACCAGGAGGUUCUAUCGCGCAGGCGCUAAAAAGGUUUGGGGCAUUUGUAGAGCCGGUUUUCCGUCGAUAUACCAGACAGAUCCUGGAUGGAGUGUCCUAUUUGCACAAUAAUAAUGUCAUUCACAGGGAUAUUAAAGGAGGGAAUAUAAUGUUGAUGCCUAAUGGCGUGAUUAAACUCAUCGACUUCGGUUGUGCCAAGAAGAUCUGCAUGAACAUUAGUGUCAGUAAGAGCAACAUUCUACGCUCCAUGAGGGGGACGCCAUAUUGGAUGGCACCGGAAGUGAUCCGGGAAACCGGCCACGGACGCAAAUCGGACAUAUGGAGUAUCGGGUGCACCGUAUUCGAGAUGGCCACGGGGCAGCCUCCCUGGUCUAAUGUACCGCCUCUCAGUGCUAUCUUUGCCAUCGGUAAUGGCUCCCCGGUCCCUCGGCUCGACGAGUCGUUCUCUGCCGCUGCAAUCGAUUUUGUGACCUCUUGCAUGACAAGAGAUCAGGACACAAGACCGUCUGCGGAUGAGCUGUUAAGACACGACUUUCUGCAAGAGCCACAUUGAGGUCAUUUUGGAUUAAGCGAAGCUUAUUUUUCACGAGAGAACUUUGAAGUAUAUUGUAGCCCUUAGCGUGCGACCUUACCGUGGCCACCUUAAGUUUUGUAAGCCAAUGAGGAUGCAAGAAAACGUUCUUUUGAUGGACAAAAACUUCACUAGCCAAUAAGCACGGCAAUGAAUGCAUAGGUAGACCAGUAGAAAGUGAUGGUAGGGGUGGGCGAUUUUCUGUCAGCUCAAUUAAUUUUUUUACGAAAGCCUAUGAGUUGCCCGAUUUUUUUUCUUGCUGUACAAAGCUUUGUGGGGGUAAGAUCGGUCUACACGGAAUCUUUUUUUCUGUAUUUUUUUUUUUUUCGUGAUUUUUUUAUUUUUUUUGCUUUUCACCCCCACCCCCCCCCCCCCCCCUCCCCUCCCAUCACCUUUACUACGAAUCCUCCUAGUUAUGAAGCUCGUGUCAAUCAAACUGUGAUUCUCGCAAACUGAUUGGCUAACUUCUAAAAACUUGUAUUGCUGGCCACGGUAGCGUGCGUCACACUAAAAGUGUGGUGUUGGACAUGUUGUUGUUAAUUUAGUAUAGUCCAGUCAUUUAAAUCUCUUCAAAAACUUUUUAGAGGUAUGCGGUAAAAUGAUUAAACUAAUUAAACAAAAACCUUUGUACGGUCAAAAACAUACUUUUCGAGGGUAUGAAAUAGAGCGUAUGUUGUAAAGUAUGAGUGUUGUUUACACAAUUGCAAAAAAUGUAUAUUGUUUGUAUUUUAAACCAACAAGCAAGGUAUUGUAAAUAUAGUAUUUUUGAUGGUGUCAAAUUGAACUAAUAUAUUUGAUAUUUCGCAGAGAAAUAAAGUUUUGAUAAUAAUGCG